CUGCCUUGAAGUGUUGACUUGAGAUAGACAGUGGCAACACUGUUAAGAGCUGGAGACUAAGCUUGAGUCAGUUCUAUGAGCCAUUGCUUCACAAUGGUGUGUCCAGGACCACGUAUUUUGGUAUAUACCAUCAUCAUGGUAACCAUGGGAGCACAUACCCUGGCCAACAAGUAUUCUGAGGCAGCAAAUACUAAGGUUCACUUUGAGAGGAACCCGUUCAGGAUGGCUAAGCUGAAUCUUCUGUGGGACAAAGCUUUAAAGAGACUGUCUGAGCCUAAGCUGAAAUCACUUCUCUCAGAACUUAAGGUACAAGAUAAAGAAGAAAUGACGUUGAAAAAGCUCAAAACGGAUGGAGCCGACAAGGAGGGACUUAAGGAAGCAGAAUUACGAAAGAAACUAAGAGGUUGGCUAAGAACUUCAUUUGCUGAUGUAUAUGCUUUAUUUAUAAAUUGCCACAUAUUACCUGGAGUUUACCUGGAGAGAGUUCCGGGGGUCAAUGCCCCCUAUAUGAGACUUGAUGUGUAUCAGUUUUUCUGAGACUAGAAUUUUUGU